AAUGAGCAUAGACGCGUAUUUAUCAAGCAUCCGUCUAUUGAUUUCACUUGAUAAUCCAGCGAAUAUUUAAAACAGUGACAUAAUGAUUCAUUUCAAAAUUUGAAGACAGUGAUAAUUACAAUGAAGAGGAUCAAAGAAUUGAUUUGGUAUUUUUUAUUUGUGAGUGCCAUUGAAUGCUACGAGAUCAAGAUUCCUGAUCAUUCAACACCAAAAAGUUCUCCCAUCACACACAUCCACACGCGAAAGUUACUGGAGUUGUGUUUUUCUGAUCAACUUAAUCCUGUCGUGAUCGAAUCAAAUUUGAUUGAUAUCGUGAAUGGAAUGGAGAGCAAUGAGGAAAUAAACUUGUCUGUUAUUCCAAUCGAUACACACUUUAUAAAUGUCGAGGGGCCAGGAAGCAAACUAGAUUUUAUCGUCCAGCCUUCGUAUCCAACGUUCAUUUUCGCCUCUGAAACGAUCACUUAUCUCUAUUUGAUCCAACGCCGUUUAUCGUACUUCAAUUAUUGGAGUAACCAGUCACCGUUUUUUGUUAUUGGAAACACAUGCAGCGAUGCAUUGCAACAACUGAAGAAUGUUGUGAGUUUCGGCGCUCAUACGUCAUACUAUAUAUGUCCCAAUAAAUUUAACAACAGUACGAGUAUCUACACCUUGAACCCUUACACCGACAGGGCACCGAAGCUUUGGAGGAAAGUUCAAAGACCAAAAGAACCUUAUUCUGGAUCGACACUCUACAAAAUUUCAUCCAUUGACGAUGCUAAAAUUUGUUCGAACAUAACUUUCGACAAAACAAAGUUCUUGGAUGGUCAUAAAAUUCAGACGAGCUACAACCUGUACCGCACAGAUAGUCAAUACCUAAGGAAAAACCUAUUGUUCUAUGAGAAUCUCUUUUCCGGUAUGAAUUUGACUUAUGUUAAUGAGAGUUAUCAUCCAGAAAACGCUGAGAUUCUAUAUACUCCAGACCCCGCAAUCCUACGCUAUAUCUAUUCUCAAGGUAGUAACAUUGUUCCAUACUUUGCGCAAGAAGGCUACAUUAUAAUAACACAGAAACAAAGUUUCAUACCCACCUUCGAUCAGGUCAUUGACAGUUUCUUUACUCGGGAAAGAAUAGCUAUGUCGUGCGUUAUUUUGACAUUUUUUUUUCUAAUGAUGCUUCUGAACCACAAAUACGAUUUUAAUGCGGCAGUGUUAGAUCUUUUGUCAUUUCUUCUCGACAUGGGAAUAUCGACUCCAAUGCUUAGAGUAUCGAUGCGCAUAACGUUCAUGACCGCAUCUUUAUUUGCAUUGAUAUUCAAUCCGGUGUUCCAGGGACAACUCACUUCUUUCUUGUCUAGACCAGGACAUGGAAAUGUCGAGACGCUUCAAGACUUACGUGAUAACAAUUAUCACGUUUAUUUCUCAAAUUUCGAUAUCGCUGAAGAAAUAUCCUAUAGUGGACUAUGGAAUGAGGACUUUUCUAAAAAGUAUUUGCAUCAGUUAACUCCAGGAUCUCGUAAAUUCUGUUUGGAAAACGUUGGAAAAGAUCCUUCUAUAGCAUGUGUAGUCGACGAUAAAGAAUUUAAAGACAUUGAUCCAAAGACGCAUAUUUCUAAUCUCUUUUCUUAUAAUUACCGUGUAUAUGUGACUCCAAAAAAUAAUCUAUUGAAUAGGAAAAUAAAUAAGAUAGCAUUGAAGUUGUUUGAAACCGGUUAUUUGAGUCACGCUGAGCGCGGGGAUUUCCACAGAAUUUUGUUGGCACGUAGAAAAAAACUAAACAGAAUCAAUGCGUUACGAAAGUAUAAUCAAUUGGAUCUUGAAGACUUUAGAUUAGCUUACAUUGCGGUAGUACUUGCUUUCGCAUGGGCAAUUCUCGUUUUCGGCAUCGAAGUAACGUUCAGAAAAUUAGAAGCGCGUUUGGAUAAACGGUCAAAAGAACGGGAGUUGAGGAAAUUAACGAUUAGACGGCGAAUCGUGUCUACUGCUAAUAGAAUUAAUAAUCUCACUCAAUAAUUGUAGUCCUCGAUAAAAUGCCACGUGAGUCGUUUUGCCACCACUUAUUCGUUCAUCGAUUGACGUGUCGUGUUUUUACAGUGAGUCCACUUGUUAGUAGAAUAAUCAUUUUCUUUUUAAUUCAAGACCCCGAGAUCAUAAAAAUAUUUUAAUCUUUUCAGUGAUAGUUGGAUAGUAAAAUUUCGUAUUAUUGUCAAUUUUUGAUUAAUACUCACGGAAAAAAAUUAAUCGUGAA